AUGUAUGAAAAUGAUGUUCAACAUAUUGAUUCAUUAUCCAAAUGUUUUGAACAACGUUACAAUAAUUAUCUUAUGUUUUUCAUGGGCUCUCUUAAAGAUGCAUGUCAAGCAGCUUUCGGUUCAACUUGUCGUCCACUACUUGUUUACAUAUAUCAUAACGACAAUCAAUUUAGGAAAAAAUUUUGUGAGACUAUAUUUUAUUCAAGCACGAUUAUCGAUUAUUUAAAUGUAAAUUUUGUUGUUGGGCCAUACGAAAUUACUUCUGAAUCGAAUAGAUAUACAUUAACAAAAAUUUGGGAAGAAAUAUUUUCUACUCAAUUCUUUGAUAAUUUUUCCAUUGAACAAUGUCCUUUACUUAUUGGAGUUAUGAGACUAUUUGAACACAAAAUAGAUGGUAUCGUAACAUCUGAAUAUCAAUUUAAAUCAUUAAUUAUAGGUAAUAGUUUGACACGUACUCAAAUGACAGUUAAUCGUGAAAAUCUAUUGAAUGAAUUGGAUAUUUUCAAAGAAGAAUAUGAUAAAAAUGAACAAGACUUAUCAUUUAGUUUCGUUAAAAAGACUGGUCUUUGUUGGGAAAUUAUUUUUGAAAUAAGUCAAUAUCUUUCGUUGAAUGAUGCAAUUUCAGCAUUUUCUAUUGAUAUUCUUUCUUUAUUAAAUAAUUUUCAAUCAAAAUUUCAAUUACCUAAUCCUUAUGAUCCAUUUAUUAAAAUGAUUUUUCGAAAAAUCAAAUCUGAACAAAUUGUUUCAUUAGAAUUCAAUACAAGUCAAUUGUGGUUAGAGACCGAAUUAGCCUUCUUGUCUAAUAUUAACAAAGUCAUUUCAAUAACACUUCAUAAUUCACCAUAUUCUGAUCAAAUUAAUGAAUAUAUAAAAUGUUUUCCAAACUUGACCCGUCUUUCUCUCUAUUAUGACGAUAAAGUUAAUUAUUUUAUAUUCAAUGAAGUAUUAAUUCAAGCUCGGCAACAAAUCAGACGAUUUGAAAUUCAUUGUCCCGAAAUAUUUUGUACUGAUGAUGAUGAUAUUGACCAAUUAAAAAAACGGCAAAUGUCUUGUGAAGAUGAGUUGGUUGCAAAUGGUGGUAUUUUACAUACGAAAUAUGAUAAGCACGAAGGAAUUAUGUUUUCAAAAGUUUCUAAUCGCUUCACAGAAAUGUCCCCAAUUGACAUUGAUAAUCCAAACAAAGCUGAUGAAACAAAUUGUGAAUAUUGGCUAUGUCAUACGCACUAUGCACAUUGUGAUGAUCGAAUAUGGAAUUGUCCAAACGGUACUGAUGAACUCAGUUGUUCUUACAUAUUAUAUUCUUAUCAAUGCAACAAUAAUGAACAUCAUUAUCUUCUUAUUAAUAACACUAUGGAAGAUUGUUCACUCAACAAGAACGAUAAAUUUUAUUGUGUAACACCAAUUCAAGGUUGUUUACCAGUGGAACGUUCAGGUGAUAAACGGGGUGUGCGUGGGGUGUGA